AUGGCUAGGAGCGCAGCACAAUACGACUACCUAAUAAAACUGUUGAUCAUUGGAGACUCAGGUGUAGGCAAAACCUGCUUUUUGCUUCGUUUUUCUGAUGACAAUUUUACAGCAUCGCAUCUUACAACAAUUGGAAUUGAUUUCAAACUAAAAACAAUAGAUAUUGAAGGAAAAACCAUUAAACUUCAGAUCUGGGAUACUGCAGGCCAAGAGCGGUUUCGAACUAUUACGCAGACUUAUUAUGCCUUUUCAUAUAGGAUAUAAUAAAUUAUUAAAUAAAGAAUAAAUAGCAAAAUUAUAGAUAAAAAUAAUAUAAAGGAGCCAUGGGAAUUAUUCUUGCCUAUGACUGCACUGAUGAAAAAUCCUUUAAUAACAUUCGUAACUGGGUCCAACAAAUCAAAAUGCAUGCCAAUGAAAACGUAGCUAAGGUUCUUAUUGGAAAUAAAUGCGAUAGGCCUGAUAAGAAAAUCAGCACUGAGCAAGGUGAAGCUUUAGCGAGGGAGCUCGGAAUCAAGUUCUUUGAAGCCAGUGCCAAGACAAAUAUUAAUGUCAAUGAAACAUUUUAUCAUAUCGCCAAAGAAAUUAAAGAUAAAAGGCUAGGUGAAGCUUUAGGGACAACUGGAAGUAUAAGGGUCCAAAAAACAGCUGAGCCAAAAGCCAAAAAAGGCUGCUGCGGAAAGUAA